GUUUUUUUCUUGUUAGUUCCCAGUAAGUCGAAGUAGGUGUGCGAUAAUCUCAGUGUGCAUGAUAAAAACAAAGGUAUUCCUGCGUCUUUUGUUUUCCUUUACUUCUUUUUCCACUUUACGGAUUUAUCACUUGAUAAAUCUAUCGGGCAUCACUAAUUGAGCAUACUCGGCAACUGGAUGUUGACAAAUCGGACUUCACCAUCAUCACAACGAACAGUGACGAACAAGUUCAAACGAUCUGAACUGCACUGCAAAGGGAAUCUGACUGGCCUUGACUGAUGGCUUUUGCUUCUACAUUUACUCUGUAAACACUGCUCAAUAAACAACACCACAUCAACACACCACAAACAAAAUGGCUCGUCAAACACUCGCUCUCGCCUUCCUCCUCGCAACCUCUCUGGCGUCUUCAAUCCCACAACAUACCUCCCUCCCGAAACACAAGACCCUCCCCUCACCACAAAACCCCAUCGACCGUUCUCUCAACCUCUCUCCCCGCUCAUACGGCUGGUCCCCUCUAGUCUCCCUCCAAGACUCCUCCGGCAUCUGCCCCCAAUACGCACCAAUAAAUUGCCUCUCAAUCUCUGGACCAAACUACUGCUGCGGCCUACAUACCUACUGCGCCUACGGCGGCCCCAUGAACCACAUUGGCUGCUGCGCCGACAAUGCCAUUUGCACCGAUGAACCCCCACAGCCAUAUACAACGGUGUGGGUACCCUCUGCUACUGCAACUACAUAUUGGACUGCUGCGGGAAGUACGGUGACGGGAUUUAUUGGUCCUGUGCAGACUGUUACGACGACGACUACGGCGACGGAGUGGAGGACUGGGCUGGGGCAGGGGCAGACGAUUUGUAGUACUAUGUUUGCCAAAGGGGAUAAUUUGCCGACGACGGCUGCCGCGCAGUGUGGGCUUGUUUUGGUGUUGAAUGGGGCACCGGGGAGGGAUGGGGGAGGGGUUGGGGUGGUUGCUGGAGUUGCUGUUGUCAAUGGGUUGGCGGCUGUACUUGGAUGGUUGGGGUUAUUGUGAUUGUUUCUUACUGGAAGUGCAAGGAGCGAUAGGGGGGCAAGAUUGGGCUCUAACUUGGAUGCGGAAAUUCUGGAAAUAGAGACUCGAUGCAAUUCACAGGCGCCCAUGGGAAUGUACUUGCCCCAUCACGUCUCGCAAUACAAGGCAACACAAGCCGGAAACCGAAGAUCACUCAUACAUGCAUCUCUUGUUUAAU